UUCCACGAAACUCACUUAGCCCUAUCCCCAAGUUCUUCAGUUAUCAUCAUUCCAACUGUACUGAAUGCAUUUACAGCACAUUGGGUUCCAUAAUCUAUAUAACAGCUGCUGGUCUCAUCUCCAUUGGUAUCCAAUUCCUCACUUGUCAUUGGAAAAACAUUCGCUUUUGCAAUUUGCACCAACUUUUUUUGUUACGACUAUCUCAAUUCUUGUCAAAAUCCCACAGAUUUCCUUCCCUUUUUGAUCACUCAGAAUUAUUGUUUCAUAUUGUUUUUCGGUACUUACAUAAUCAGCAACGUUGUAUUUUCUUCAUCUUACAAUCUUUUACUAGUUGUAGUUCUCUGAUAUUGAGGAUGUCUGCAAUUGUUCUUGGAAAUUUGUCAUGCAUGGAGCUGCUGUCUGAUUUGCAUGACUCCAUGAUCAAAGUCAGCGUGCAAAAUAAAAAGAGAUGGCAGUUGGCUUUUGCUACCAUAUAUUGUUCAAGGGCCUUUCUCUCUCGCUUCAAAUCCAGAAGUAGAAUCACAGCAUCAAGUCUUGAUCAAAUUUCCAGCAACAGGAGAAAGAUUUCACCUGAUACAUCUUCAAGAAUUGUUAUUGAUGUUGUCCAAGAACACCACUUGUUCUCUGGUGUUGAUCAGUCAAGCCUGACUAAGCUUGUCAAAGAGAAACGUGUUGAUCGAUUGGCUGAAUUUGGAGGAGUUGAAGGGAUUGCUUCUUCACUUCAUACAGAUCAGCAAUGUGGGAUUAAGGGUGAUCCAGAAGAUAUUGAAUCCAGACAAGAAGCAUUUGGUAGAAAUACUUACCGUAAGCCGCCUACAAAGAGUUUCUUCCAUUUUGUGUGGGAAGCUUUCAAGGAUCCGACAAUUCUGAUUCUGUUGGUUUGUGCUGCACUUUCCCUUGGAUUUGGCAUCAAGGAGCAUGGGCCGAAAGAAGGGUGGUAUGAUGGUGGAAGCAUAUUUGUUGCUGUUUUCCUUGUUAUUUCGGUUUCUGCUGUCAGUAAUUUCAGGCAGAACAGACAGUUUGACAAGCUUGCAAAAGUGAGCAAUAAUAUUCUUGUUGAAGCUGUGAGGAACGGCAGAAGGCAACAGAUUUCAAUAUUUGAAAUCGUUGUAGGAGACGUCGUUUGCUUGAAGAUUGGAGAUCAAGUGCCUGCUGAUGGAUUGUUCAUAGAUGGCCACUCUUUACAGGUGGAUGAAUCUAGCAUGACAGGGGAGAGUGAUCACGUUGAGAUUGAUCUUGAAAAGAAUCCAUUCUUGUUUUCCGGAACUAAGGUGGCUGAUGGAUAUGCUAAAAUGCUUGUAACUUCUGUGGGAAUGAGCACCACCUGGGGUGAAAUGAUGAGCACAAUCAGUAGGGAUUCUGAUGAGCAAACUCCCCUUCAAGCGCGACUCAACAAGCUUACUUCAUCUAUAGGUAAGGUUGGUUUAGCCGUAGCUUUUCUAGUUCUUGUCGUGCUUUUGGUGCGCUAUUUCACAGGGAAUACAGAAGAUGAGAAUGGGAAUAAAGAGUUCAAUGGGAGUAAGACAAAGGUUGAUGAUGUGAUCAAUGCUGUGGUGGGAAUUAUUGCUGCUGCUGUGACCAUUGUAGUUGUUGCAAUUCCUGAAGGCUUACCUUUGGCAGUCACACUUACUCUUGCUUAUUCAAUGAAAAGAAUGAUGGCUGACCAGGCUAUGGUGAGAAAACUCUCCGCUUGUGAGACAAUGGGCUCUGCUACAACUAUAUGUACAGACAAAACGGGAACUCUUACAUUGAAUCAAAUGAAGGUAACAAAUUUCUGGCAAGGAAAAGAAUCCAUAGAAGGAAAAAACCAUUCUGUGAUUGCGAGUAAUGUUCUUGAACUGCUCCACCAAGGCGUUGGCCUUAACACUACAGGUAGUGUUUACAAGUCGGGUGUAUCAGGACUUGAAUUCUCAGGUAGUCCAACUGAAAAAGCAAUUCUGUCGUGGGCUGUGCUAGAAUUGGACAUGGAUAUGGAGGCAGUGAAAAGGGAUUGUGAAAUCCUGCACGUGGAAGCCUUCAAUUCAGAGAAAAAGAGAAGUGGAAUUCUGAUGAAAAAAGUUGAAGACGGCACGUUCCAUGUACACUGGAAAGGAGCAGCUGAAAUGAUACUUGCAAUGUGCUCUCAUUACUAUGAUUUGGAAGGAAAUAUGAAAGCUUUGAACAACUGUGAAAGGACAAAAUUUGAUCAAAUAAUUCAAGGUAUGGCUGCCAGUAGUCUUCGAUGUAUUGCAUUUGCCCAUAAGCAGGUUUCUGAGGGCGAAAAUGAUGAACACAAAACGAUUCAGGAGAAGGGGUCAACACUUCUAGGCCUGGUGGGCUUGAAAGAUCCAUGUCGUCCCGGUGUGAAGCAAGCAGUGCAAGAUUGUCAGUAUGCAGGUGUUAACAUCAAGAUGAUAACAGGUGACAAUGUUUUCACAGCGAAAGCUAUAGCCACAGAGUGUGGAAUUCUUCAUCCUAAUCAGGAGGCCAACGAUGGAUCAGUGGUGGAAGGAGUGGAAUUCCGCAACUACACAGAAGAGGAAAGAAUGGAGAAAGUCGACAAAAUCCGUGUGAUGGCCAGGUCAUCUCCUUUUGACAAACUUCUAAUGGUGCAAUGCCUGAAAAAGAAGGGCCAUGUCGUAGCAGUGACUGGUGACGGCACAAAUGAUGCACCAGCAUUGAAAGAAGCUGAUAUAGGACUUUCUAUGGGAAUCCAGGGAACUGAAGUGGCAAAAGAAAGUUCAGAUAUUGUCAUCUUGGAUGACAAUUUUGCUUCUGUUGCCACAGUUUUGAGGUGGGGGAGAUGUGUUUACAACAACAUUCAGAAAUUCAUCCAAUUUCAGCUCACAGUAAAUGUUGCAGCUUUGGUCAUCAACUUUGUGGCAGCAGUUUCAGCCGGUGAAGUACCACUAACAGCAGUACAAUUGUUAUGGGUGAAUCUCAUAAUGGACACAUUGGGAGCAUUAGCCCUUGCAACAGAGAAACCGACUAAGGAGCUCAUGGAGAAGAGGCCUGUAGGACGAACUGAGCCACUUAUCAGCAACGUCAUGUGGAGGAACUUACUAGCACAAGCCCUUUACCAGAUAGCAGUUCUCUUGAUACUGCAGUUCAAAGGUGAAUCAAUUCUUGGUGUCAGUGAGAAGGUAAAUGACACUCUGAUUUUCAACACGUUCGUUCUAUGUCAAGUAUUCAAUGAGUUCAAUGCACGGAAGCUUGAAAAGAAAAACGUCUUUGAGGGAAUACAUAGGAACAAGUUGUUUCUGGGGAUAAUUGUGGUGACUGUGGUUCUUCAAGUGGUGAUGGUGGAGUUUUUGAAGAAGUUUGCCGACACAGAGAGGCUGAAUUGGGGGCAGUGGGGAGUUUGUAUAGGGGUUGCAGCUGCAUCUUGGCCAAUUGGUUGGGUUGUGAAGUUCAUACCAGUUCCAGAGAGACCAUUUACUAGUUACCUCAGUUUGAAGAACCUCAGAGGCUUGUAGAGAUACUCAGCACCUGCUUGGUUUUCUAGUCAUAGUAUAUUCAAUUUUUAUUGAUAGUACAUAUACCCUUAGUUUA